UUUUUCCUCUAUUCUCUUCAUUCCACUCGCUCACUCUCGCUCUCACUGUCACUGUGUUCCAAUCUCUUACUCGCAAACUUUCUUCUUCAAAAUUUCAACUCUCUCUCUCUAAAACUCUGUUUCGAUCGUCAUGGCGGGUGAUAACACUCCUAACUCCAUGAAAGAAUCCUCAACGAACGUACCUUUGGAAGAUGCACCAUCAUGCUUACAAUACUUUGACCAUCUGUUUUCUAGUGGAAAACUGGAUGCUUUUGAGUCAUUGAAAAUGUCACGGCUAGCCGUAAGUCGAAACAAACAGAAACUUUUAGGAAAAUGGCUAGCAGAGGAUAAACUUGAAUGCACUGAAGAGCUUGGUGACCUUGUGAAGAAAGUGGAUAAAGACCUGGCAUUGAAAAUAUAUACUAAAGCAAGUGCCACACCAAAGGUUAUUGCAGCUUUUGCUGAGAGGAGGGAAUAUGAUAAGAUUUUGACAUACUCAAAGCAGGUUGGAUACACUCUUGAUUACAUAUUCCUUCUGCAAACAAUAUUGCAAACAGAUGCCCAGGGUGCUCUAGAUUUUGCUCUGAUGAUGUUGCGAAUGGAGGGGGGUUGCCCUGUUGACUACAACAAAAUAGCCGAUCUGUUUCUUCAGAGGAAUAUGAUCCGUGAGGCAACUACCUUUUUGUUGGAACUGCUGAAGCCAGACCUACCUGAACAUGGACAUCUUCAAACAAAGCUGCUGGAAAUCAAUCUUAAGACCUUUCCAAAUGUUGCUGAUUCUAUAUUGGCAAAAGGCGUGUUUAGUCAUUAUGAUCGUCCACGUAUUGCUAAACUUUGUGAAAAGGCCGGCCUUUUCAUCCGGGCUCUUCAGCAUUAUACUGAGUUGCCUGACAUCAAACGCAUCAUUGUGAAAACUGAUGCCAUUGAACAUCAGGCUCUUGUUAAGUUUUUUGGAACCCUUCCUCGAAAAUGGGCACUGGAGUGUAUGGAACAACUUUUACUUGUCAACCUUGGGGGAAAUCUUAAAAUAAUUGUGCAGACUUCCAAGGAAUAUUCGAAACAGCUGGGUGUUGAUGCAUGCAUCAAACUCUUUGAGAAAUUCAAUUCUGAUGAAGGAUUAUACCUUUUCUUGGGUGCACAUUUGAGAUCUAGUAAGAAUCCUGACAUUCACUUCAAGUACAUUGAAGUAGCUGUUAAAACGGGACAUAUUACGGAGGUAGAGCGUGUAACCCGGGAAUCAUGCUAUUAUGAUGCUGAGAAGACAAAGAACUUUCUAAUGAAGACCAACCUUCCAAAUGCACGGCCACUGAUUAAUGUGUGUGAUCGUUUUGGUUUUGUUCCUCAUCUCAUACAUUAUCUCUAUAGUCAAAACAUGCUUCAUUAUGUUGAAGAAUAUGUUCAAAGGGUCAAUCCUCAAAAGAUUCCUCUAGUUGUAGGGCAGUUGUUAGAUGAUCGAUGCCCUGAAAAUUUCAUUAAAGGUCUUGUACUUUCGAUUCGUUCUCCUUUCCCAGUUGAGCCUUUAGUUGAAGAAUUUGUAAAGAGGAAUCGUCUUCGUUUGCUUACUCAGAUCUUGGAGGAUCUUGUGUGGGAGGGGAGCCGAGAUGUACAUGUGCAUAAUGCUCUUGGGAGAAUCAUCAUUGACAGCAAUAGCAAUCCAGUACAUUUUCUCACAACCAACCUAUAUUAUGAUUCUCGUGUUAUUGGUAAAUAUUGUGAGCAAAGGGACCCAACACUUGCCGUUGUUGCUUACACAAGGGGGAAAUGUGAUUAUGAGCUUGUUAAUGUGACCAAUAAAAAUUCCUUGUUCAAACUCCAAGCCAGAUAUGUUAUGGAACGGAUGGAUGGUGGCCUCUGGAAAGAGGUUCUAAAUCCUGGGAACGUGUUUAGAAGACAGUUGAUUGAUCAAGUGGUGUCUACUGCUUUGCCUAAAUGCAAGAGUCCUGACCAAGUUUCAGCUGCAGUGAAAGCUUUUAUGACUGCCAAUCUUACCCAUGAAGUGAUUGACCUUCUCGACAAGAUUGUGCUACAUAAUUCUGCUUUUAGUGCAAACUUCACUCUAAAAAGCUUACUGAUCCUUGCUGCAAUAAAAGCAGAUCCUUUAAGAGUCAUGGGUUACAUAAAUAGGCUGGACAACUUUGAUGGCUCUGCUGUCGGGAAGGCGGCAGUGGAAGCACGCUUAUAUGAAGAAGCUUUUGCCGUUUUCAAGAAAUUUAAUCUGAAUGUUAAGGCUGUUAAUGUUCUGCUAGAUAACCUUAAGACCAUUGAUCGAGCUAUGGAGUUUGCAUUCUGCGUUGAAGAAGAUUCUGUAUGGAGCCAGGUGGCUAAGGCGAAACUAAGAAAAGGCUUAGUAAGUGAUGCAAUUGAGUUGUUCAUCCGUGCAGAUGAUGCCACUCAGUUUUUAGAGGUUAUAAAGGCUGCUGAAGUUGCAAAUGUAUACCAUGACCUAGUAAAGUACCUUCUCAUGGUUAGGCAGAAGACCAAAGAGCCCAAGGUGGACAGUGAGCUCAUUUAUGCGUAUGCAAAGAUUGGUCGGCUUGGAGAAAUUGAAGAGUUUAUUUUGAUGCCAAAUGUUUCUAAUUUGCCAAAUGUUGGAGACCGCUUGUAUGCUGAGGCGCUUUAUGAGGCUGCAAAAAUUAUAUUUGCUUUUAUCCCUGACUGGGCUAAGUUAGCAGUGACAUUGGUGAAGCUUCAACAAUUCCAAGAUGCUGUUGAUGCUGCUAAGAAAGCAAACAGUUUGAAAACAUGGAAGGAUGUUUGUUUUUCCUGCAUUGAUGCUGGGGAAUCCUCCUUAGCUCAGAUUUGUGGUCUCAAUGUUAUUGUUCAGGCGGACGAUCUGGAAGAAGUUUGCAAGUAUUAUCAGAACAGAAGACGCUUCAAUGAACUCAUCUCUCUAAUGGAGAAAGGGAUAGAACUGGAGUGUGCUCAUGAGAGUAUCUUUACUGAGUUGGGAGUUCUUUACGCAAGAUAUCGUCCUGAGAUGUUAAUGGAGCACAUUAAGUUGUUCUCAACCAACCUCAACAGUCUCAAGCUUUUUCAGGCGUGUGAUGAACAUCAACUCUGGAAAGAACUCACAUACCUAUAUGUGCAAUUUGAAGAGUUUAAUAAUGCUGCAAUCACUGUAAUGAAUCACUCUCGAGAAGCAUGGGACCACAUGCAAUUCAAACAUAUUAUAGUAAAUGUUGGUCGUGUAGAACUAUAUUAUAAGGCUGUUCAUUUCUACUUGCAAGAACAUCCUGAUAUUAUAAAUGAUCUUCUUAAUGUGCUUGCCCGUCAUGUGGAACAUGCCCGUAUUGUAGAAAUAGCGCAGAAGGCAGGCCAUAUCCGAUUGAUAAAGCCGUACAUGGUUGAAGUUCAAAGCAGCAAUGUGUUUUCUAUUAAUGAAGCUUUGCAUGAAAUUUAUGUUGACGAGGUGGACUACGAUAGACUUCGUAAAUCGAUAGAUCUGUAUGACAACUUCAAUCAGAUAGGUCUUGCACAGAAGAUUGAGAAGCACGAGCUCCUUGAGAUGAGACGUGUUGCUGCUUAUAUUUACAAGAAAGCUGGAAGAUGGAAACAGUCCAUUUGUAUGUUAAAGAAAGACAAACUUUACAAGGACUGCAUGGAAACUUGCUAUCAAUCUGGUGACCAGAAACUCUCAGAGGAUUUGCUUGUUUAUUUUAGUGAGCAGGGGAAGAAAGAGUGUUUUGCAUCGUGCCUCUCUACUUGUUAUGAUCUAAUACGGCCAGAUGUUGCAUUAGAGCUAGCUUGGAAGAACAAUAUGAUGGAUUUUUCCUUCCCUUAUCUCUUACAGUCUAUUCGGGAAUAUACGAGCAAGGUAGAUGAGCUUAUAAAAGACAAAGUUGAAGCAGAAAAUGAGAAGAAAGUUAAAGAAAAGGAGAGAAAGAACAUUAUUGCCCAACAGAUUCCACCGGCAUCAAGAAUUUCUGUUCAAAUUCGAAGCAAGUUCAGAUUUUUAUUUCAGAGCAUCGAGCAUUUCGUAUCGAAUAUUUUUCACCAGGAGCGUUCAGAUUGUUCUGUUCUGCACUACAGCAUUGUUCUUCACCAGGGCUGCAACAAUAUUCUUCACCGUGGGCGUUCAGAUUGUUCUGUUCAGCACAUCAUCCUCCAGAGGGAAUACAAGGUCGCACACCGAUUCCUUCAUCAACAGAUGGAUGUGCGUCAAAUGAAUGAAUCAGAACCUUGCAGCUCAUCAAUUGCAGGAAGUAUGUGGAGGAAGGAUAUAGUGACUGUUGGCUUAGUUGAUGGAUAAAUAAAUGGGAGCUUACAUUGACAAAAUCAAAUGUUUUGGUACACAAUAAUGCCAUUCGAUUAGUAUCAGAAAUUCAUGUAUUACAUAUGGCUUUUGCCUACCAUAAUUUCUAAACUAAUUGAAUUUUUGCAA